AUGGCUACAGACGCUGCUGAUGGAGAAACUCAACAAAAAGAAGAAACAAAACGACACACCUAUCCACUCAUUCGUACGAGUGAUAUGAACGAAGAAGUGAAAACCGAAUGUAUGGAAUUGUGUGUGACAGCAUGUGAAAAGUUUUCACAAAACAACGAAAACGCUGCACGCAUGAUCAAAGAGACAAUGGAUAAGAAAUUUGGGCCCACUUGGCAGUGCAUUGUCGGCGAAGGAUAUGGAUUUUUCAUUGAACAUCAAGUCAAAUCACUUUUAUAUAUGUUCUUUGGUGGUACAACGGCCAUCAUAGUAUGGAAAUGUGCUUAA